GCCAAGGACAGCUGACCACAAGCUCCUUGCAAGAACAAAGGAGGCUUCUCGAACUCGUCACUGAGCUCUAAAUAGAGCAACCCAACCUCGGCAACCCCCCCAAGACUUCUUGGACUGGGCGACAGCACGAGGCUGGGCCGGGCCAGGCGGCCUGGGCAGGCUCUAAGCCCAGGACUUCAGGAUGGGGGAUGAGGAGAAACGCAACAGGGCCAUCACGGCCCGGAGACAGCACCUGAAGAGUGUGAUGCUCCAGAUCGCGGCCACCGAGCUGGAGAAGGAGGAGGGUCGCCGUGAGUCUGAGAAGCAGAACUACCUGUGUGAGCACUGCCCCCCCUUGCACAUCCCCGGCUCCAUGUCUGAAGUGCAGGAGCUCUGCAAACAGCUGCACGCCAAGAUCGACGCGGCCGAGGAGGAGAAGUAUGACAUGGAAGUGAGGGUGCAGAAGAGCAGCAAGGAGCUGGAGGACAUGAACCAGAAGCUCUUCGACCUGAGAGGCAAGUUCAAGAGGCCCCCGCUGAGGAGGGUGCGCAUGUCAGCCGACGCCAUGCUGAAGGCGCUGCUGGGCUCCAAGCACAAGGUGUGCAUGGACCUCCGGGCCAACCUGAAGCAGGUCAAGAAGGAGGACACCGAGAAGGAGCGGGACCUGCGUGACGUAGGCGACUGGCGGAAGAACAUCGAGGAGAAAUCUGGCAUGGAGGGCCGGAAGAAGAUGUUCGAGUCCGAGUCCUAGGCCCGCGCGCGGCAGCCCGGCCGGGAGCUCCCAGCACACUGAGGGAGGACGGGGCUUGUCGGAGUGAUCAAUAAAGGAUUCCAAUCCCCACGA